CGAUGGCUUUGAAAGCAUCAUAAAGCUCCUCCUCCUCCGGUAGUCCGAGCGGGAAGUUCGGAUGUUCGUAUCUCGACAUAAAUGUCAUGUAAAUACAGCAAAUAUUCUGCUGCUUUCAGCACAAACAACACUUUAGACAAAUUCUAACCGGGACUACAGGACAUCUGCAGUCAUGUCCGGUGAGGAGGAGAAGAGCAGCUCUGCAUCCAGGAGCUUCGGACAGUGCACCUACACAGCUGAGGAGUACCAGGCGGUGCAGAAUGCUCUGCGACAGAAGCUGGGACCCGAGUACAUCAGUACCAGAGUGGCCGGUGGAGGACAAAAGGUGUGUUAUAUUGAGGGGCAUCGAGUCGUCAGUCUGGCCAAUGAGAUGUUCGGAUACAACGGAUGGUCCCACUCCAUUUCCCAGCAGAACGUUGACUUUGUCGACUUCGUAAAUGGGAAGUUUUACGUUGGAGUCAGCGCGUUUGUCAAAGUGCAGCUGAAGGACGGUGCGUUUCAUGAGGACGUCGGCUACGGAGUCAGUGAAGGACUAAAAUCUAAAGCUCUGUCACUGGAAAAGGCGAGAAAGGAAGCUGUCACCGAUGGCAUGAAGAGAGCACUGAAAUGUUUUGGUAACGCCCUGGGAAACUGCAUCCUGAACAAGGAAUACCUCCUAGCCAUUAACAAAAUCCCCAAACAGCCUCCUCCUGCUGUAGACCCGGCCCACACUAAGCGCUCUGACGGUGAACCAUCAGUGGAAAAGGCCCGGUUCUGCAGCCUGGUCCGGGAGGAAAAACACGUAUUCGCUGCAGGUCCCGCAAGAAUGCCGCUGGCCCCCCGAGUCACCAAUCAGAACCAGAACUGCUCAGAGGUUCACACUCCUGAUGCUGCUGGUCCUGUCUUCAACAGGAAGAGCGAGAACAGCAGCUCCAGAUCUGCUGUGGACUCGGCGGACGUCACCGAGUGUGAAGCGCACACGGACCCCAAACAGCUGAGAAAACUGAGGCAGCAGCAGCUUCAGCAGAAGUUCAGGAGAGAGAUGGAGGCCAAGAAGCUGCAGCAGAAACAGGAUGAAGCAAAAUCCGAAGAGGCGGAGGUUCUUAUUGGACGAGCUUCUAGUGGCGGUUCCUCAGGCGAAGGUGUGGCAACGUUCAGCCACAGCAGCUCAGCUGAAGACAGGAAGCCCGGCAGCAGAGAUGUGCAUUUAGCAGACGACCCUGAGCUCUGGGAUUUCACUCUGGAUGGCAUCGAGGAGCCGGACGUUCCUUCAGCGUUCAGACCCAGCACACCCGGCACCCACAAGAUGCAGACGCGCAGUAAGACUCCUCAGAGACCUUCGGAGGCCACAUCGUACAGCCGAGGACACGACCAGGCUCAGUACAGACCUCAACACCACAACCAGCAUCAGGGGAGACCAGGUAAUGCCUCCAGUCCAUACAGACAAGGGCAAUACAUGAAGAAACGCAGACUGGACACCUGAGGUUUUACACUGUUGUUCAUCCAGCUGUAUUAUUUAUUUUAGUAUAUACAUUUAAAUUCAUGUUACAAUGAUUUGCUGCUAUGUAUGAUAUUGGUUGAAAUGUAGGUAAAUGUCUUCUGGUUUUGCAAAAAUAAAAACACAAGCAAAAGUGAA